AUAUAUUAUACAGAAGAUGAAUUUAAAAAUAGUAUAUGGUUUUUCAGAACUGGUUCAUAUACUGAUAUAAUUCAUGUUAUUGGCCUUUCAGUUUCAAAUCCACAUGGAAUACUUUUGUCUUUUUCUAUAUGUUUUAUGGCAAAGUACCAAGCUGACAUUUUUUGGCCCCAACCUGUAUAUACUUACCACUGUUUAUCUGCAAUCAAAUAAUUUGACCAGCACAAAAUUUCAACAGCUUUGCAGCAUAGUACUGGUAAGGAAAUUAAAUUUCUAAAGGCAGAGGGCUGAGAGGACUUGCAGCUAAAAGCAUGGCAGGAGAAGGUAUGCAUAGCAAACAAAGAGGAAUUAAUCACUGAAGACAUAGGCGGAAUUGGUGCAAGUACUAUGAAUGAGGUGGCCCUAGAUUGCAGACAUUAUAGCAUUUUUAGCCAUCCCAAUGAUAUUCCACAGCCAAUGGACAAUAGAAGGAGACUAAAUACAGCAAACAACAGGACAGCAACAUUUUAUGACAGCAUGGAUUGUGAGAGACUUGGCACAAAAGUUUUGUGUAAUUUUAAUGGUGUGACACUCUCCUGGGUCAUUAUUUGUGUUGCGAUACUUGGACUCAUCGGGAACAUACUCUCUGCGAUUGUCCUUAUAAGAAAAUAUAAGCGUAGCCCCAGGGUGUUGCUAAUGACGACACUGGCAAUGACUGAUCUUUCUUUUCUUUUCUUUACCAUAAUGGAUCAAGCGAUGACACAUAUUGGAUUGGAAGUUCCAUUACAUGCCUCCUGGAAGUUUUCACUGGGGAUACUAGCAUCAUACUGUAGCAUUAUUACCAUCUGGAUGGUUGUUCAAUAUCAAUCAAUAUCAAUAUCAAUCACUAUUUUAAAUGUGCUUAUAUUGCGUCAAGUGUGUAAAUGCAAACCUAUGGAGGGAGGAAUGCCAUCAGUUGAUGAUAAACAAGUCUCAUAUAUCCUCAUAACCAUCUCAAUCAGUUCCCUGUGUCUCAUUCUACCAAGUGCGAUACUUCAAUUUAUGUUUGUCCUGGAUUUAAAGAAUGUAGUUGCUAUCCUACUCGUCAUGAAUUCUUCGAUAAACUUCAUUAUCUACAAUGCUGUUGGGAGAACAUUUCGUGACAAACUUUUGAAUCUGUGUGGAAGACAUAAUGUUAUUCACAAUACAAUCAGUAUGGACACAACAUCAAGGAGUUACAACUCUUAAGAUAUUGAAAUAACUGAUCAUCAAUGUUCAAAAUUAAUUGAAAAUUAAUUGAAACUUGGAAUACUGCUCAUUUUGGAGUGCACGUAUAUAAUAAAGUAAAUAUGAGAUAAAAAGUUACUCAACCUAAAUUUUGCAAUUCAUGUACAAAUUAUUUCAGUUAAAUGAAUCAGUCUGUCCAUUGUAUCAUUGUGUAUUUAUAUGUAGAGUAAAACUGCAUGUAUUAACCAAUUGGGCUAUGAAUGUGUAAUGAAGUUUAAAUCUAUUUUUGUUUCAAGUGGGGAGCACUUUUGACAUUCAAAAACUACCUGGAAAUAAACUUUCUAAUACAAUUCCAACACUUAGUGACAAAAUCAAAUGAGAGAAUAAAUGUAACAGUGCAUUAACAUGCAAAAUGUCACCACCUGCCAUUUGUUACAGACACCAACCACCAGCUGCUGAACACUAAUCACCAAACAUCAACUGCCAAACACCAUCCACAAAAAAAGUUGGAGACUA